AUGCAGUGCCUAAAGAAACUUUUUCAGGUAGUAGAAAAUAAGGCUCAAUAUUAUAAUAGAAUAAACUUGAUACAUAGAAAGGGAGAACGCACUGUAUUAAAUCUGAUUCACCGAUUUAAACAUGAUUUUAUCCAAGAAUUCGAAGGAUAUGAGGAAAGUGAAGAAGAAAAGCAUACUUAUAAAGAAAUAUCUGAAGAUUAUUUAGGGAAAAUUCUUGAUGGACAUAGAGUAUUCAUUAUACAGCCAUAUAUAAAAUGGGGCUUUAGGAAGAAAAGAAAUACUACACCUGACUUACAGUUAGCAGAGGCAGUGGCACUUGUUAACACAUUACCAAAUUGGUCUGUAGUUGGUAAAAAAAUUGUUCCUCUAUUGACUCUACAAAGAAACCAGCUAGUUGGUAGUGGAGCUCUUGAAACUUUGAAAGGAGAAAUUAGAGGUUGCCCAGGUGUGACAGCAGUGUUUGUUAGUACAAACUUACUGAAGUUUGUACAAAUUGCAAUAUUGCAAAAGGCUUUUGGUUUACCAAUUUAUGAUCGUUAUACUGUAGUCAUUCAUAUAUUUCACAAACACGCAAAGACUGCAGAAGCAAAACUGCAAGUGGCUAUAGCAGAAAUUCCAUAUAUAAAGAAGAAAAUGAUCGAUUUAGCUGAAAGCAACAUAGGAAGGACACGCAUAGACGAUAAAACAAAGGAGUUACUUGAAACCAGAGAAAAAAAAUUAAAAAAUGCUCUUCAAAAUUUAAAGGAACACAGAAAACUUAUGAAAAGGCAAAGGCAGAGUUAUGGUUUCCCGACUAUUGCUGUAGUUGGUUAUACAAAUGCUGGGAAAACAUCUUUAAUAAAAGCAUUAACAGGAGAUUCAUCAAUGGAGCCCAAGGAUAAGUUAUUCGCUACUUUAGAUACAACAGUUCACCAAGGUUACCUCCCCAAUAAGUUGAAAGUACUCUACAUUGAUACUAUUGGUUUUAUUCAGGAUGUACCAGAGACCUUAAUAGAACCAUUUAAAGUUACUCUAGAAGAUGCUAUAGAUGCAAACAUUAUAGUGCAUGUUUAUGAUAUGAGUCAUCCCGAUGUCAAUGCACAGAUUCAACACAUACAGAAAAUGCUAGAACCUAUGAUAGACAAAAACAAAAUAAUAAUUAACGUGGCUAAUAAAUGUGAUAUCGUCGACAAGAAUUCGCUUGAGAAAGAGACGCUACCAGAAGACACGUAUCCUAUCUCCGCUCUUAAGUCUAUCGGCACUGACCUGUUGCGAUUCAAAAUAGAAGAAGAAAUUCUAAAAGCUGCUAAUUUAAUAACAAAACGCUUUAAAGUCCCAGUAGGUGGUCACGUUGCAACAUGGUUAUAUAAGGAAACAACGGUCACUGAUGCAGAGCCUGACUCUGAAGAUCCACAAUACUUAAUUAUGAAUGUAAUUAUGACGACAUCAGCAUUUUACAGACUGAAACGAUUUUGCAAGCAAUAA